UGUAGCAGCGUAGCUUGUGAACCCGGGAGGGGAAUGAGGAUGGCGGUCAUGGUGGGUACUGUGGGCCGGCUGUGGAGGCUCCGUGCGGUCCGGGCUGAGGGGCGCUGGCGUCGGCUUCGUGGCGCGGAGCUGCCCUGGGGUUUCCUGCAGCCCGCCUCGGCCGGUGCGGUCGGCGAGAACGUGGCCCAGCGGCGGCAGGUGGCUCACUUCACUUUCCAACCCGACCCGGAGCCCGAGAACUACGGGCAAACUCAGAAAAUGAAUCUUUUUCAGGCAGUAACAAGUGCCUUGGAUAACUCAUUGGCCAAAGAUCCUACUGCAGUAAUAUUUGGUGAAGAUGUUGCCUUUGGUGGAGUCUUCAGAUGCACUGUUGGGUUGCGAGACAAAUAUGGAAAAGAUAGAGUUUUUAAUACCCCAUUGUGUGAACAAGGAAUUGUUGGAUUUGGAAUUGGAAUUGCAGUAACUGGUGCUACUGCCAUUGCAGAAAUUCAGUUUGCAGAUUAUAUUUUCCCUGCUUUUGAUCAGAUUGUAAAUGAAGCUGCCAAGUAUCGUUAUCGCUCUGGUGAUCUUUUUAAUUGUGGAAGCCUCACCAUCCGGGCGCCUUGGGGCUGUGUUGGUCAUGGGGCUCUCUAUCAUUCUCAGAGUCCUGAAGCUUUUUUUGCCCACUGUCCAGGAAUCAAGGUGGUUGUGCCCAGAAGCCCUUUUCAGGCCAAGGGACUUCUUUUGUCAUGCAUAGAGGAUAAAAAUCCCUGCAUAUUUUUUGAACCUAAAAUACUUUACAGGGCAGCAGUGGAACAGGUUCCUGUAGAGCCAUACAACAUCCCACUAUCCCAGGCGGAAGUCAUACAGGAAGGGAGUGAUGUUACUCUAGUUGCCUGGGGCACUCAGGUUCAUGUUAUCCGAGAAGUGGCUUCCUUGGCACAAGAAAAGCUUGGUGUGUCUUGUGAAAUCAUCGAUCUGAGGACUAUAAUACCUUGGGAUGUAGAUACAGUUUGCAAGUCUGUGAUCAAAACAGGGCGACUGCUGAUCAGUCAUGAGGCUCCCUUGACAGGCGGCUUUGCAUCGGAGAUCAGCUCUACAAUUCAGGAAGAAUGUUUCUUGAACCUAGAAGCUCCUAUAUCAAGAGUAUGUGGGUAUGACACGCCAUUUCCUCACAUUUUUGAGCCAUUUUAUAUCCCAGACAAAUGGAAGUGCUAUGAUGCCCUUCGAAAAAUGAUCAAUUAUUGACCAAUAGGUAGGUGUUCCCUGCCUUUUGAGAAAGCUAUCAUGUGUUACACCAGUCUUCCAAUUUUUACCCUUAUUUCUGCAUAUUUUUGUCAGCUGUUUAAACAGUCAUGAAUAGGAAAAAUUUCUGUUAUUUAAAACUGGCCCCUCAAGCACUAUUAAUUUGGACUCCAGUGAUUUGGUGUAUAUGAUUCAUACAUUCUGAAAUUUGUCUUAUUAUUAUCUGAAAAAUAGUUUUGCUGAGCAGGAAAUCUAUUUAUUACGUAUAAGGGAGAGUUUUGCUUAAAUAACAAAACAAAACUCAACACCAUUUCCAGAACCUUUUUUGGCAAAUAAAUGUUUUUUAAAUAGUGAAUAACAAAUGGUAUUUUAUUCAUUACAUUAUCCACGACAUGCGUGUGUCCCUUCAGCUGUGUUGUUCUAACAAAAAUGAAUGCCAUUAAAAUUAUGAUGUUAGUUUUUCAGGGUUUUAAUAUGGAAGUUAUUAUCACUGACACACUGAUUUAUUUUGUCUUUUGCAUUUUUGAAAUGGUUCAAAAUGCAUAGAUAGGAUUAGAUUGGUUUACAUCUUCAUAUCUAUGUUGUCCAAAAAAAAAAAAAAUCACAUUUUAAAGAGCCAUGAUAUUUCAAGGAAAAUGAAAAAUAGAUUCUUUAUAAUAAUACAGCCAAUACUUUUUUAAAGGUAAGAAAUACUAUAAUCCUUGACCUCUGUAUAUGUGUGGUAAAACUAGCUCACAUAAAACCAGAGAGAUAUGCCUAUAAAAUAGUGCAGUUAAGAAAAAAAAAUGCCCUCCAUCUACUACUGUUACCAUAAUCUCCACAUUUUUGGUAAUUCUAUUAUAGAACUAUUGUUACAGAUGUAACUUAGGGUUCUUAGUCCACAUACCCCCUGGAAUUCUCUCAGAACACAAUUAUAGAUGCUCUGUUUCUGAGGUUCUCUUAAUGUUUGUGAAAAUAACUGGCUUCCAUAAUAAAUCACACUUAGGACAGGUUAGAGGACCUCCGCGCUGUUGAUGUCUAUGUUGUGCCCUUCCAAAGACCAUCCAUAAUGCAGAGUCAAGAUAAUAAUGUGGCUACAUGCCCCAUUGCUACUUUUUAAAUUAUAUUUAAGUGCUGCUGCUAAAUUUGAAUUAUGCAUUUCUUCUUAAAAAUAAGAAAAAUAUUUAAACAUAAUGAAAAGAUGAUGAGAAUAGCUUUUCUAUGCUAAAAGUUAAAUAUGACAUUAUGAAAGUAGUUAGACAAUUGAGAAGUCUGUUUUAAUUCAUGAUGACCAGAAUGUCUAUAAUUGUUACUGAUCUCUUUUACAGAAAAAUUGGAAGAUUAUGACUAGAUAUGGAAAUAUUUUUCUGAGUUUUUCAUAUUUCCUCAGAUUUAUCUGUCCUUGAAAAUAGAGUUUUUAUGAAAUGAACCAUCUUGGAUAUUGACUAAGAAGUUAUAAAUUAGAGUUAUUGUAUUAACUCAUGAAUUGAUGUUUUCAUUAAAAUUAUUUGAUUAAAUUUUUAAAAUGUUCCACAUGCUGGUCCUAUAAAUUCUGUUCAAUUACAUCUGUAAAUAUCGAGUGUGGGUUAGUUUUCAAUAAAGCAAAAAGAGAUUGUC